GGAGGUGCUGAGAGGGAGCAAGGCCUACUUCAAAUACUGACAGAAAUGGAUGGAUUCAAGGUUUCCACGUCACAGGUAUUACUAAUUGGUGCAACGAAUCGGUUGGAUAUCCUCGAUCCUGCUCUAUUGAGGAAGGGCCGUUUUGACAAGAUUAUAAGGGUCGGCCUGCCAUCAAAGGAUGGCAGGUUGGCCAUACUGAAGGUCCAUGCUCGAAACAAAUUUUUUCGCUCUGAAGAAGAGAAGGAUACUCUACUUCAGGAAAUUGCUGAACAGACAGAAGAUUUCACCGGUGCAGAACUCCAAAAUAUUCUGAAUGAAGCUGGAAUAUUGACUACAAGGACAGAUGCAGACUACAUAGGACGAGAAGAGCUUCUUGAGGCCUUGAAGAGACAAAUGGGCACAUUUGAAACUGGCCAAGAGGAUCGUACUGAGGUCCCCGAAGAACUAAAACUGCGACUUGCAUAUCGAGAAGCUGCUGUUGCUGUUCUUGCAUGUUCCGUUCCAGAUCCACACUGCUCCUUUACUGAGACUAAUGUCAACUCCAUUCGUAGUAAGCCUAAUAUGCGCUAUACAGAGGUGGCAGGCAGAGUAUUUAAAAAGAAAUCCGAUUACGUGAAUGCUGUAGUGCAUGCUUGUGCUCCCAGAGUCAUUGAGGUGGAGAUGUUUGGAGUUGACAAUUUGUGCUGGAUUUCUGCAAAUGCUACUUUAGAAGCUUCUAGGCUUGCAGAACGUUUAAUUCUACAGACAGGAAUGACUGCACUUGGGAAAGCUUACUACAGAUACCAGAGAGAUCUUGUGCCAAAUUUAGCUGCGAAAGUUGAAGCUCUGAGAGAUGAGUAUAUCCGUUUUGCAAUGGAAAAAUGUGCAUCUAUACUGAAAGAAAAUCAUGUUGCUGUUGAGACCAUUACAGACAUUUUACUCGAAAAAGGAGAGAUCAAAGCUGAUGAAAUUUGGGGCAUAUACGAAGGUUGCAUUCAAGUACCUCAGCCGGCUGUAAGGCCAAUCGAUGAAUACGGAGUCCUUGUAUAUGCUGGAAGAUGGGAAAUCCAUGGUGCUUCAUUACCUGGGAGGGUGACUUUUGCACCAGGAAAUGUUGGAUUCUUGACCUUCGGUGCAUCACGACCAAUGGAGACGCAGACCAUUAGUGAUGAUACAUGGAAGCUAGUAGAUGGAAUAUGGGAUAAAAGGGUUCCGGAGAUUAAAGCUGAUGCGGCUUUGGAACUUGAGGAAGAUGAAGAAAAGCCUCAAGUUCUACUAGCUGGUCUUUUCCUGUAGCACCUCAUCUUAGUUUCUGGAGAAUGAAGAGUUUGAAAUGGCGAAGAGAAGAACAAUUGUUGUACUAAUUGACAGUCUUACAGAUAUACUGCAGACACAUUCACAACUUUUCCAGACAUGAAAGGGAAAAAAAUGAAAUCGCAGAAGAAUGAAAAUGUAAGUGAAUGUGUUGUACGUGAUGAUCGGCUCCUCCUCCAAGGCACAUUAAUCUGUAAUAGAAAAAGUACAAUUGUGUCGUUGAUAUUGGAUUGGCAAUGUCUGAAGUGAUUUGAGUAGUGUUCCUAUGUUAUUUAUUUUAUGAUGUUUGACUAAAGUUUUUUUUAAAUA